AUGUACCCACCAUCCAACAGGCAACCUCUCUCCUCCCUCCGUGCCUCCCUACCACGUCUCCCUUACACCAACACCCUCACAUUCCGACCAGAGCUACCGCGACACUCCUCACCCAACAUGGCGGACGAUAUGGCUCCCAGCCUCCAGUCGCUCGUCGACCAACGCUCCCUCAAGUGGAUCUUCGUGGGAGGAAAAGGCGGCGUAGGCAAGACAACCACCUCGUGUUCGCUCGCAGUGCAAAUGGCCAGAACCCGCUCGAGCGUCCUCCUCAUCUCCACCGAUCCCGCCCACAACCUUUCAGACGCCUUCGGUGUCAAGUUCGGCAAAGACGCGAAACCCGUCCCCGGUGUCCCCAACCUCGAUGCCAUGGAGAUCGAUCCGAACGGAAGCAUAAGCGAACUGAUCAAGUCUGGCGGCGAUGAUGCACAAGAUGCCAUGGCAGGCCUGGGAGGAGUCGGAAACAUGUUCCAAGACAUGGCCUUCUCCAUCCCAGGUGUAGACGAAGCCAUGAGCUUCGCGGAAGUGCUGAAGCAGGUCAACGCGAUGAAGUACGAACUUAUCAUCUUCGAUACUGCACCGACUGGACACACGCUCCGCUUCCUGCAGUUCCCAACAGUGCUGGAGAAGGGCUUGGGCAAGCUUAUGCAGCUCAGCCAACAGUUCGGUCCUAUGCUCAACAACCUCAUCGGUGCACGUGGAGGACUUCCAAACGGCCAGUCUUUCGACGAAAUGAUUGGGAAGAUGAAGGAGCUGGAGAAGACGAUUUCGGAUGUCAACAAGCAGUUCAAGAAUGCAGAGCUCACCACGUUCGUGCCUGUGCUCAUUCCCGAGUUUCUGUCACUGUACGAGACGGAGCGCAUGAUUCAAGAGCUGGGAUCAUAUGAGAUCGAUACGCACGCGAUGGUCGUGAACCAGCUUCUCUUCCCCAGGAACGACAAUCCUUGCGAUCAGUGCAACUCGAGGAGAAAGAUGCAGAAGAAGUAUCUGGAGCAGAUUGAUGAUCUGUAUGGUGACGACUUCAAUGUGGUCAAGAUGCCGCUGUUGACGGAGGAGGUGAGAGGUACAGACAGCAUUUCGAAAUUCAGCCGAAUGCUCAUCCACCCAUACCAGCCUCCAGCAGAGAAAUGA